GCAGGAGAGGCAGGACAGCUGCUGAUCCAGAGCCCACGGUCUCACUGCCGCCAUGAGAGCCAAGCUGAUCCUCCUGUUUCUCUUCCUCCUGGUGCUCAUUCUUCCAGCUCAAUUGAAAAAAGAAGACGGCCACAAAAAGCAUGACAGAGGGGCCGAGAAACGGAACAAGAAACAGUCGAGACACAAAGACAUAGUGGAAGACCCUUUUUUCAAGCCUGCAGAGGACCCCAACGAUGACGAUGAUGAACCUAAUACUGACUGGAUUCUCAAGCUUCAAGACCUUGAUGGCCGGUGCAGCCCUGACCCCUGCCUCAACAACGGCGUGUGUGAGGAGAGAGGCAAGAGAGGCUUCAAAUGUGACUGCCCCAAGCCCUUCAAGGGCAGGAGGUGUGAGAAAGCACCCAAAGUUUGCAAGAAGGGUACAUGUGGGCGCGGCGAGUGUGUGUUGACCUCCACUGCUCCUUUCUACGAGUGCAAGUGCAAGGAGCCCUUCCAGCCGCCCAGGUGUCUGACAGUUGCGACAUGUAAUCCAAGCCCUUGCAAGAACGGAGGAACUUGUAUCAAAGACAACCUUGACUUCGACUGCACCUGUCCCACUGGCUUCAGCGGACGUUUCUGUCAUGUCGGCCCAGACGACUGCUACAGGGAUGAUGGGGAGUCAUAUCGUGGGAUGGUGAGUGAGACAGAUGACGGGGAUGAGUGUCUCUACUGGAACUCUCAUUUCAUCCUCAGCAGAGGAACGAACCCCUUCAGCUCCUACGAGGAUGCUGAAGGACUGGGUCCUCAUAACUUCUGCAGGAACCCAGACGGGGAUACCAUGCCGUGGUGCUUCGUCAGACGAGGCCGCAAGCUGAGGUGGAGCCACUGCAGCAUCCAGAAGUGUCCCCUCCCCUCUACUUCCUCCACCAAUCCCCUCCCCUCCACUUCCUCUCAAAAGCCCCUCCCCUCCACGUCCUCUCCCAAGCCCCUCCCCUCCACGUCCUCCCCCAAGACCCUCCCCUCCAUUUCCUCCCCCAAGCCCCUCCCCUCCACGUCCUCCCCCAAGCCCCUCCCCUCCACUUCCUCCCCCAAGCCCCUCCCCUCCACUUCCUCCCCCAAGCCCCUCCCCUCCACUUCCUCUCCCCCUGGGAUGAAGUUCUCCAGCUGUGGUAAGCCGCAGCCUAAGCGUGCCAUCAGUCGCAUCUACGGGGGUCUGAAGGCCCUCCCAGGGGCCCAGCCCUGGCAGCUGUCCCUGCAGGUCCGCCCGGCCGGAUCCACCCGGGCCUACCGCCACAUCUGCGGAGCGGUUCUCAUCGACAGCUGCUGGGCUCUGACGGCCGGACACUGCAUAGACAAGAAGAACUCCAUGCAGGUGGUGGCGGGGGGGCUGACUCUGAACACCCCAGAGCCCCUGGAGCAGACUGUCUCAGUGGAGGAAGCCAUCCCGCACGAGAACUACCGCGAGACCAAGUCAGCCGUGUACAACGACAUAGCCUUGCUCAAGCUGAAAGCCAAAGAUGGAGUUUGUGCUGUCGAGAGCCAGCUGGUUAAGGCGGCCUGCUUGCCUCUGGCUCCACUGCCUGAUGGGACAGAAUGCAGCAUAUCUGGGUGGGGCUCCACAGAGGACUCGGAUUACGGCUCCAGUAACUUGCUGGAUGCAGAUGUGCUGUUGAUCAGCCAGACAAGCUGCUCCUCGGAGGCCGUUUACGGCAGCGUCCUGGACCAGGGCAUGUUUUGUGCCGGCUACCUGCAGGGGGGAGUAGACUCAUGUCAGGGUGACUCUGGUGGUCCUCUGACCUGUAAUUGGAACGGUACUCAUGUGAUCUACGGCUUGGUGAGCUGGGGGGACAGCUGUGCCCAGCAGAACAAGCCUGGGGUGUACACCCGCAUCUCUCACUAUCUCAGCUGGAUCAAGACCAACAUGCAAGCAUCCUAGCAGCGUGGCGCUAACCAGAACGUUCUGAUGGGCCCAAUACGAAGUUGGGAUUCAUGUUAUGUAAUCGAGCUUCAUGCUAACAUCUGACGGUGUUACACAACUGUGUUAUCAUUAGCUGCAGAGAUACACAACAAUGAAAUGUCCUCAGACAUAUAAGACCCAAUUUGUGUAUAAACAGAAACCAGAUCCUUCAUUUACAGGA